UCUUCACUCAGCUGUGAUCAAGGACACAAGUCGGCUCCGUAAAUCGUACCCAAGUCAAAAAAAUUUCGUGUGCUCCAUCCACAUUUUGGCUUACCGAUACCAGGCCUCAUUUCACGAGAGUUCACAACGUUCCAGAUGCCGUUGAGCAGUAAGAAGUAGCGCAGCCAGCAGGACAGCGAGUGAGGAGUUGAGAGUUUCAGAAGAGGAGCUGCUAUGUCUAAAUCUCGCAUUGGUGUCGGUGGCGUCUUCUUCUUGUAUCUUCUCCACUCGGUAUUGACAACACCACUUUGGAAUCCACAAGUUAUAGGAAUCGGACGAAAUAUCAGAGAAUUGCCAUGCCUGAGCCGGAAAACUGGAGAAACUGGGACAUGCAUGUUUGCGUUUUCUUGCGCCAAAGCCAAUGGGACGCACCUCGGAACGUGCAUCGAUAGGUUUUACUUCGGAAGUUGCUGUAAGGUGCCCGAAAACGAUCUAGAAGCGGUUCCUCCGGUCGAGGACAACCACUUGGGAGAAUGGGACAGCACUACAACGCCCAGGAACAGGCCGGCGAUAACUCAAAAACCGCAGGAAACCACAGGAAGCGAAAAGCCUCCAAAGCCGAGGCCGACUUCCAGCAAGCCUCCUCUCACCACGACGACCUUCAAGCCCACGAGCCUCAAGCCUUCGACUUCCAGGCCGUCGGUCAGUUCAUCCAGACCUCAGCCAAGCAGUAGCAGGCCCAUAGUCAGCGGGGUAAAACCGUCUCUAACGACCCCAACUCCGACGUUGGUAACUUGGACCACUUUAGAAGAAUCGCCAUCUAAGAAGCCCACCAAACCUCAAGUUUCAACACCGUCGGUUGCAACGCACAAACCGAUUUUUGUCAAUUCGAGCUUCUCACCUCCCAAAAGGCCCUCAACGACUCCGACUCCAGCCAGACCGUCCACGAAUCCAGCAAAACCGUCCACGAAUCCUGCAAGACCGUCCACGAAUCCUGCAAGACCGUCCACGACUACCACGAGGCCCUCUGCGGCAUCUGUCCCUGUGAGACCGUCCACGGUUUCGGCACCCGCAAGGCCAUCUACGACUCAUAAACCGAUUACGGGCAAACCGCCCGUCGCAAAACCGCAGAAACCUGUGUCCUCCAGUCCUAUCAACACCACUGCCAAACCGGAACAACACACCACAAAACCACCUUCGACGACUUGGAUUCCCGUUUCGGUAACAACUCACGCUCCUUCUCCCCAAACUACAAAGAUACCUUUGACUUCGAAGAAGCCAACACAACCGCCGACUAAAAGACCCACCACGACUUCACAGAAUGUAGUAAACGUACUGCAAGUCAGCAGUACGGCGAAACCGGUAUCGACUUCGGGCAAACCGCCAGCUAAACCGACGGCUUCUAACAAGCCGAGCAUCAGCACGACAUCGAGGCCGGUUACUCCAAGUAGCAAUCGUCCCCAACUGGUGACAUCGUCUACUGUCCGGCCCUCGAGCAGACCUCCGAUCAUCUCCACGACCCACCGUCCCUCCUCGACCCAACGGCCUUCGUCUACCCAACGGCCCAGCACUACGCAGCACUACACGACUACUUCGGAUUUCAGCUCUCCGAGUACAUCUCGUCCGACUACGCACGGAGAACCGAGUGAAGUGUCAAUCGGAUCCAGCACCGCCCUCCCUGUUAUCCAAACCACCCUGCCGCAAUCGACCACACCUUCGGCAUCGUCGUUCACUUCGACCUUAUCCUCCUCCAGCUUCACACCCUCUUCCACCUCAACGUCCUCAUCGACCACGACCUCAUCGGCCACAACAGCCUCGACCCUUUCUGAGCAAGGAUCAUCUUCCUCGACUCCUCCUCCAGAAAUAAACGAAGUGGAAUCCUUCAACAAGACUAAUUAUAAGGAAGUUUGCGGUCGUCGCCUUUUCCCCGAGGCCAGGAUCGUCGGAGGGCAGGUCAGCGGCUUCGGAAAAUGGCCUUGGCAAAUUUCUUUGAGGCAGUGGAGGACAUCGACGUUCCUCCAUAAGUGCGGCGCGGCGUUGCUGAACGAAAACUGGGCAAUCACCGCAGCGCAUUGCGUUGAAAAUGUACCACCAAGUGACCUUCUCUUACGUUUGGGCGAGCACGACUUGUCGACGGAAGAAGAGCCGUACGGUUACGAAGAAAGGAGGGUGCAGAUCGUCGCCUCUCAUCCCCAGUUCGACCCCAGGACUUUCGAGUACGACCUCGCACUGCUCAGAUUCUACGAGCCGGUGACAUUCCAGCCCAACAUCAUCCCGGUCUGCGUACCGGAGGACGAUACCAAUUUCGUCGGCUCCACGGCCUUCGUCACCGGCUGGGGUCGGCUUUAUGAAGACGGUCCGUUGCCGAGCAUUCUCCAAGAAGUCUCAGUCCCGGUCAUCAACAACACACUGUGCGAGACGAUGUACAGGGCCGCGGGUUACAUAGAACACAUACCGGAUAUAUUCAUAUGCGCCGGUUGGAAAAAAGGGGGCUUCGAUUCUUGUGAAGGCGAUUCGGGCGGACCGAUGGUUAUCCAACGGCCGGACAGAAGAUGGCUCCUCGCCGGAGUGAUAUCCUGGGGGAUCGGAUGUGCGGAGCCGAAUCAACCCGGAGUCUACACAAGGAUAUCCCAGUUCAGACACUGGAUAAACCAGAUCCUUCAGUUUUAAGCGCCCCUCCUGCUACUGAACUGAGAAAUUUACUGGUCAUUAUGUUAACGAUAAUGUCGAUUUUUUAACUUGAUUUACUUAAUUCGAACAGACUUCUUACAUUCUCUCCAGGUCAUUUUUUUCAAUUAAGGAAGAGCAGAGUUUCCCUAGAUUGAAAACGGUCUAAGAACACAAAAAUAGGAUGACCAAUUGGAGAAAAAAGGCGAAUCGUAAAACAAAAAUUAUAAUUAAAACUAUUAGACUCUGCACGCGAGAUAUGAUUCUUCCUUAAACGACAAGUCAUGAUCGAUUAUCGAUUGGUCAUCCUAUUUUUGUGUUCUCAGACCGUUUUCAAUCUAGAGAAACUCUGCUCUUCCCUAAUUGAAAAAAAUGACCAUAGAGAAUAUAAGAAGUCUGUUGGAAUUAAUAAAUCAAGUUAAAAAAUACUCCUACUUUAAGUCUACUUUUAUUUUAUGAACAAGGACAGCAACAGAAUAUUGUUCUUCAAAAGAAAUUUAACAUUGUGAUAUUGUGUAUGUAAAUAUUGUUUAUAGAA